UUUCCAAAUUUAAUCUAUAUCCCUCCUUCGACUUUCUAGUAUCAGAACUGCGCGGUUGGUCUAAAGCUGCGGCCGCCGUUCCGCCUUUCACGGCUGGAACCUCACCUCAUCCGUUCGCGCAGAGAACCUCGUAACUGUACGGCAGGCGCCCUUUGCUUUCUUCCAUCAAAUCCGCCUCCCUGCCAUCACUUUUGGCCUUCGUUUCAUCGUCCCUCGCUUCUUCGCGCUCGUUCCUGAAUCUCUAUGUCGUUUUCCGCCGGUUUCCCCGCCCCGUUAUUCCCUCUCCGGACUUGAUAUUCCCAGCCGUGGAGAAACGAGCCCCCCCUCGCCCGCGCCCCAGACUCGGGGUUUUGGAGCGAGCAUGUCGCUCGGACACCACCACGCCUGGCUACCCCCUGGCCAUCUGCGCCCACCCGACGACCUUCAUGAUGCGCGGUCGACCAAUGGCUAUUCCAGAUCGUUUUCCGGUCCUCGCACCCCCCAGUUGCGCGCUUCGGCCGAUGCCGACGGGCUGCACGCGGGAACUUUGAUAUCCGACGCUGAUCUGGCAACCGAGGAUGACCCAUGUAUCGCCAUGUUCCGGGAUCUGUAUAGGCGCAGUGAGGCGCAAAUUAACAAUCUCUUUGCCAACCAGAAAUCCGCCGAGGAGGCCGCCCGCAGUGCGGUCCCCGAAGCCGAGGAGCCCCCGACCCAGAGUCAACGCGCCGACGAGUCAGCUCCGCCUCCCGCGCCCGCCAAGAAACCCGCGAGGAAACUGGAUGAUGACGACUACGACGACUACGACGACGACGACGACGAAGACGACGACGAGGAGACCGUAUCCCCUCCCAAGCCUAAGUCCCUCGGCCCUUCUCAUGAUCCGAGCGGUCUCCCAUCGCCCAGUCGGCCCUCCAGUGGCUCGGUGUCGGUCGUCCUCGAUGUGCAGAAGGAGCUUAAAAAAGAAACCCUCGAGGAUAUCCGAAAAAAGCUAGAAGAAGAUAAAAAGGCUACCGAGGAGGCCGCCAAAAGAAGCUUCCACACACUUUUUUAUACCCUAGAAAAUGAUAGAGAUGCCAUGCUGGACCAGCAGCGACUGGAGGAGUCCGAGCGCCAAGUCGAGGCUGAGAUGUCGGGCCAGGCGAGUGCAGGAAACAACCCCAACCCCAACUCCAAUGGGUACGGCUCCCUGAGUAGCGCCAACCUGGGCGCCUCGAGCCUCACCCUCAAGAACCUGAUCGCGCGCAUCGACAUGAAGCGCACAAUGGUGCAAGCUUCAGAUGCUGAGCUGCGGAGCCUGAUGAGCGAAGUUCGGAAGAAUCGAAGCAAGUGGGCCAGUGAGGACAAGAUCGGGCAGGAGGAGCUCUACGAGGCCGCCGAGAAGGUCCUCAGUGAGCUCAAGGCCAUGACGGAGCACUCGACUGCGUUUUUGACCCGAGUCAACAAGCGUGAUGCGCCUGACUACUACACGAUUAUCAAGCACCCCAUGGACCUAGGCACCAUGACUAAGAAGCUCAAAGCUCUGCAGUAUAAGUCGAAGCAGGAAUUUGUUGACGAUAUCAACCUAAUCUGGUCCAAUUGUUUCAAAUACAACACUAACCCCGAGCACUUCUUGCGUAAACAUGCAUUGUAUAUGAAGAAAGAAACUGAGAAGCUCGUUCCCCUCAUCCCGGAGAUUGUCAUUAGAGAUCGGGCAGAGGUGGAAGCGGAAGAGCGCCGGCUCCAGCUCGCAGAGAUGGAUGGCGCCGAUGAGAGCGACGAUGAGCCCAUCAUGUCGUCCCGUGGUAGGAAGGCACCUGGCAAGUCAACCAAGAAGGGUGCAGCCCCUGUACGGAACACUCCCAGCGGAUCGGAGCCUCCUGCGGGCCAAGCCUCCCAACCGCCCGCGCCUGUCCGGUCGGACUCCGACGUUGCGAUGGAAGGCACUCAGAAUGGAUUUGCCACACCACCUCCCGGAGGCACACAAACACCGUCUGACCCUGCUGGUGUCGGUGCCGGUGUUCAAGGAAGUCAAGGAGAUGCCAUGGAGAUUGAUGGGCUAAUACCCUCCAACAACAAUACCCUGACCGCAUUACCAGCUUCCGGCGUGGAAUCGGAGGACCCCGAGUACAAAGUCUGGAAGCAGGUCACGAAGAAGGAUCGUGCUGUUAUUGCCGCAGAGCGACAUCGUCUGUUCAAAGGCGAUAAACUCAACGCUGAUGAGCCGGCCCUGCUUCGGACCAAGGCUGGCAUGAGACGGUGGCUGAGAAACCAGAUGCAGAUCAACGCCGAGGGCGACAAGGCUCGCGAGUCUACCGUGCAGGGUAUGGACCCUGGUGCAGCGGGUGAGACCCUAGCCGAAGGAAUUGAGGUGGACGAAGAUCGAGUUAUUCCUGACUAUUACGACGUCAUGUCGGGUGUCCCUGAUCUGCCUCCACAUCUGUCCUGGAAGGAGGACUCCGAUGGCAACAUCGUGGAUGCCUCGGAAGAAUUCUUGCGCGUGCUGCCAAAGGGGUCAUUUAUCCAACCGGACAGCAAACUCUCCCGAAAGAUGGAUGCCAACAUGCGUCAAAUGCAGGAGACCCGGAAGGUGUGCUCGAAGAUCGGCGUUGUCAAGCAGAUGCAACUGCAAUCUCAGAUGUACCAAAACCAGUUCCAAAAAUAUCAGCCUGAACCAUUCGUCGAACAUGAUGUUCCUGCGCAUGUGAUGAACGACGGGGGGCCGGUCGUUUCUCCAUGGGUGUGCAAGGCAGCCCUGCAGCGCUCGGUAGCGAAGAUCUUCUAUCAUACCGGCUUCGAAGAGUAUCAACCGUCAGCUCUGGACGCAGUCACUGAUAUCGCGUCGGACUUUUUUCAGAAGAUUGGGGAGACUUUGAAGUCAUACAUGGAAACACCCAAGCUUCCCGCAACCGAUACCCUAGAACCUACCGCCGCGCCGCAAUGGAAACGAGCGUACACAGAGCCGGAAAUGGUUCUCCACACGCUUUCAUCUGUCGGUGUCGAUGUUGAAAGUCUGGAGUCAUACAUCAAAGACGAUGUCGAGCGACUCGGGACCAAGCUCUCCACUGCCCAUGAUCGUCUUCGGUCGUUGCUAUCAGAGCUUCUGCGACCUGCCCUCGCGGAUGGCGGCGAAGAUGGCUCCAGUGCUUUCCAGGACGGAAGCGAGCAGUUCAUUGGCGGUGACUUCGCCGAAGAUAUCGAUGAAGACUUUUUCGGAUUCAAGGAGUUGGGACUGGACAAAGAGUUCGGACUGGCUACCCUUAGCGUCCCGCUCCAUCUUCUGCAGAAUCGGAUGUACAACGCUGCCCAGGCCCAGAACACAAGUGCUGCACAAGCCGUCACGCUCUUUCCACCACCUCCAGCUUACCCUCGCAUCACAUCUGAGACACUACCUUCGCAAAUCGGACUGGUACAAGGGUUCUUUAGUGCCAAGUUAAAGACCAAUAGUAACGAGCCUUUGGUCGAGGAUCUCGAGCUUCCUCCGAAACAACGGCCUAUGGCCGCUCGGCCUCGUCUUCCUGCAUCGGGCAAGAUCCAACCGCCUUCCGCACCUUCAGGUCCUACCACCAGCCCCCAGAAGCGGCCUCUACCACCGUCUGCCUCGAGCCAACAAUUCGCGUCCAAGCUUGGAAUGUCGGAGCCCAGUAAAAAGAAAGUUAAGAAGAACAGCGGCGCCGGUAUUGGGGCGUCUGAGGAAGGCGACGAGGCAUUACCGGGCGUGGACGGUACGAAAGCUUCAGCCACCAACGAUUCCAAGCCUAAUAAUGCCGACGAGCCUUCCAUGGAUGCGACUCCUGACUUAAGUGGCAAAGGGGACAUGGAUGUCGGGCUCGAUGGGGUUGGUGCGGAAGGCAAUGACAACGCUGCAUCGCUUACGAAUGGAACGGUGGCUGGCGAUGCGUCAUGAAGUGUUAUGAUGAUCAUGAUACAGACCACCGGAGUGGUCUUUCGUUCAACCUUUCUUUCUGGGGCUGAGUGGUUGGUGGGUGAGCACAAGGUCGGUUCUGAAGGGGAUUCUUGUAUUGUAGCGUUUGCCAUUUUGAUUCUUUCAUCUUCUUUACUUUUACCUUUCACUAUUAUACCUGGCAUGGUGGACCAUUUUCCUUCGUCAUUUGUCUUCAUUUUAAGUAUAUUUUCUUCCUCCCAUGUCCGACACCAUUUCCUGUCACUUUUCUUUCAUCAUCUUCAUUUUCUUUUUCCCCGUCGUAUUGAACUUGGGUGCUGAGUGUGCGAUAUGGCGCGUGUUUUCUUUUUCUGUCUGCUCCAAGCGACCGGGUGUAUGAGUGAGUGCAGCGAGGGCAGUGGGGACCUGUGCCUUGAGCAACCGCAAACGCAGGAAGCGGAAACAUACCUUAAAAAAGCGAACCCAAAUAUGAACGAUCGAG